CGACUCAACGGAAUUCAGAGAACGCUUUCGAUUCCGGCUCGCGCCUCAUAUAAAGCUUAUCGUUCAAGCAAACCCACCAAAUUCAUUUCAAAUUUUCAAAAUCACUCUCUCUCUCUCUCUCGCUCUCGUUCUCUCAGUUUGAAUUCUGAUUACCGAGAAUUUCUUCUGCCAAAGCGAGGAUGCUUGCUGCUCUCAAAGCUGAAGAAGCGAGCCAGAUGCAGCUCGUUGAACGGGAAGAAAUUGACGACGACGAAGACUUAUUUGAAGCUAUUGACAAAUUGAUCGCUCAAGGUAUAAAUGCUGGAGAUGUUAAGAAACUUCAAGAUGCUGGGAUCUACACCUGCAAUGGCUUAAUGAUGCAUACCAAAAAGAACCUUACUGGAAUAAAAGGUUUAUCAGAGGCCAAAGUUGACAAGAUCUGUGAAGCAGCUGAGAAGAUAGUGAAUUUCGGGUAUAUGACUGGAAGCGAUGCUCUGCUAAAGAGAAAGUCGGUAGUUCGGAUCACAACAGGGAGCCAAGCUCUUGAUGAUCUCUUAGGAGGUGGAAUUGAAACUUCAGCCAUCACGGAAGCUUUUGGGGAGUUCAGGUCCGGGAAAACACAACUGGCACAUACCCUCUGUGUUUCGACGCAGCUUCCUACAAACAUGAAAGGCGGGAAUGGCAAAGUGGCUUACAUUGAUACAGAGGGAACUUUCCGGCCUGACCGGAUUGUCCCAAUAGCUGAAAGAUUUGGAAUGGAUCCAGGAGCUGUGCUUGACAAUAUCGUUUAUGCCCGUGCUUAUACAUACGAGCACCAAUACAACCUGCUUCUUGGACUAGCUGCAAAAAUGUCGGAAGAACCAUUCAGGCUUCUGAUUGUGGACUCUGUCAUUGCUCUAUUCCGAGUGGAUUUCACCGGAAGAGGGGAACUUGCCGACCGACAGCAAAAACUAGCACAGAUGCUCUCCCGGCUAAUCAAAAUCGCAGAAGAAUUCAACGUCGCUGUCUACAUGACAAACCAAGUCAUAGCUGAUCCAGGAGGAGGAGUGUUCAUAUCUGAUCCAAAGAAGCCAGCGGGAGGGCAUGUCCUCGCUCACGCAGCCACCAUCAGGCUGAUGUUCAGGAAAGGCAAAGGCGAACAGCGUGUCUGCAAAGUGUUUGAUGCCCCAAACCUGCCUGAAGCUGAAGCAAUUUUCCAGAUAACCCCAGGAGGCAUUGCCGACGCAAAGGACUAGCCAUGCUUGACGAUACAACCUUAUCAAACCCGGUGAUGUU